AUGGCACACAUUGUAGUUAUAGGCGGAGGCCCGUAUGGAGGCACUGUGGCCAACAGGUUACAGAAAACUGGUGCAAAAAUUACUCUCAUUUCCAGAUCUGAAAAGGCUUUAUUGUUACCAGCCAUGAUAAGGCUGCCAUUUCACAAAGACCCAUCAAGGGUUUCAGUUGAACUAAAGGAUAUUCUGAACCCAAACAUUGAAUUGAUGAUUGACCAAGUCGUUAAUGUUGAUGAAAGCCAAGUCGACCUGGGAGCUCAUGAUCCAGUUUCAUUUGAUCGUCUGGUAAUUGCAACUGGUGCCGUUUGGGAUGACCCAAUCGCUCCUCACAAGUACCAACAGAAUGGGAUCCAGGAAUAUGCCAAAGAGGUCGCUGGCCUUGGGGAAAAAGCUAACAAUAUUGUACUCGUAGGUGGUGGUGCUUUGGGCGUGGAACUUGCCGGAGAGUAUGCUUAUCACUUUCCAAAAAAGUCUAUAACUCUGAUCCAUUCCGAGAAAAAACUACUUGAUGCAUCUGCCAUUGAUAAAGUUCGUGAUAGCGUUGAGUCGCAACUUCGUGGCCUCAAAGUGAAGUUGAUUUUGGGAAAGAAAGCCGAAAUACGGGGGCAAUCUGUCUUUGUAGAUGGCGAAGAAGUUCCAUGCGAUUACUUGAUCAAGACAACAGGCCCUAAGGCAAAUCCUCCAGUAUCUUCUAUUAAAGGUUUGGUUAAUGAAAAGAAUGAAAUCAUCAUCAGCUCAAAGUUUCAGGCUGAAUGCAACCCUAAGAUUUAUGCAAUUGGCGAUGUCACAAACUAUCCUAAAAGAGGACUAGUUUCACGUGAAAAUUGGCUAUCGAUCAUAACUCACAAUUUGAACGAAGAUAUAAAAGGCACAUCGAACUACCGCACUGUUGAUUGGCCCAAGCAGGGAGUCAAGUCCAAGUCGACAUUUGCUGUUAGUGUUGGACCAGAAGGUGGAGCCGGACAGUAUAUUCUUCCGUUUGGAUGUGCUUUCAGUCUUCCACGAUUUGCGGUCGUAAAAGCAAAGUCCUCAACACUCUUUUACUCUAAAUUGAAUUCAAUGUUUAUUUGA